AUGGGUGAGCCCGUCCCGUUGAAACUUCGAUUCGGGAUACAAAAAGUCUCUGCAAAGGCUGAUUGCCUUCAUCUGCAGUUGUACCGAGAUUCGAAAGAUCGCUACAAAAAUGGCCAAACAAAGGCAUCGCUCUCGCUACAGCAUUUUCUCGGCGUGGAGUCAGGCUUCACGCUGGACAAGGAGUCCAACACGAUAGCAAUCAUCUGCCAGGAUGUGAUCGUCGUCCUGGCAUUCGAUACCCGCGAAAGACUGAUACAAUGGCAGGUAAAAAUAUCUAACAACCUCGGGGAUGAUCUCCAGUACCUAGUUCUGGUUUCCUCGGCACCACCGAAAGCGAAACUAUCCACCGGUCCCGCCCGUAUGCACAUCCAGGACCAUCGGUUCUGCCUCACCACGGGCGUCCCUCCUCGGUUGACAGGGCUAUGGCAAAUUGAGCAUUUAAGACGAUAUGGUGUGGUGGACAAUCGGUUUUGCUUUGAAGGCGGAUCGAGUUGUGGGAAAGGGGAAGGAUUGUAUGUCUUCGUAACAGAUUUGGGCGAAGAGAUAACCCAUACUUUUAAGCUGGCAUCGCAGGGUAAACUUGCCAGUAAAAAACGAGCCACGGCGAGAAAAAAUGCAGCACUGGACAGUCCACGCAAAGGUGCGGAAUCACGCUCGACAAAUUACAACGACGAAAUAUGUACAGUGCAUAUCGAAAACUCAAGCUGCACUUGUCGGAACUCGUACUGGCCGUCAACCGAAUCGCGCGAUCUAGACAGUAACUAUGGUUGCGGUGAUACGGCUUCCGUUUCCGAAUGUCAUGACAGCAUCAACGAUUUAGACUCAUUUCCAAGGAGCACGGUGGCUAAUCUUGAGCGUUGUAUGAGUUGCAUUUCGAAGCUGGGAGCACCAUCAAUGUCACGGAGCUCCACCAUUACGGGAACACCUGGUGCUGUCGCUCCGCUUCCAGCAUGGCAUAUGUUAACCGAGCACAACAAUCACAUCAACCAAACUCACAAGCUUCCAGCACCACAGCUAGCCCUCGAUCGGAUGUCCCUUUGCUCACAUGGCAGCAGUAACAACUCCGAGUACUCUAUCCCCCGACAGACAUGUGGUGCAGGCGAAUCGAGCUGGUAUGAAAAGGCUCCAAGCCAACAGACGGCACUCAUCUGCAGUCAUCAUCUUCGCUCUACGUCCCCUUGCAGUUGCAGCUGUCCCUCGGUACCGUGUCGUCCUCCGAAACCGAGGGACAUCUCACUACACAUAACGGCUCCCUUGCAUACCGCCAUUAGCAUGUCCAGCGGUAAGGCCCCACAACAGCCACAACAUAGUGUCGGUCCGUAUGAAAAUUACGAUGUGCCGAAAACCCCAAUCGCUAUUGAAGGUUCAUCUUCAGCUUGCACACCGGGCGAGAAUUACGAUACGCCGAAAAAAAUACAAGAGUACCUGGCAAAGGAAGGCAAGGAUGUAGUGGAUGGUGGUAGUAGUUACGGUAACUACGACAUGCCGAUGUCACUAACUAAAGCAGUAUGCAGUUGUCUGUCGGGUAGUAGCAGCGGAGAGGCACCGGUGCAACAGCCAUUGAAGGGACUCGACCGAGUAGACUGUACCUGUCAUCGUGUGAUGUCAUGGGCAGAUAAUUGGAUCUCUCUGCCGCUGUGUAAACGUGGAAAUGGUAUCGAAAACACAACCGUUCAGGUGAACAAGGUAAAGUUGAGCGGUGAGGGUAAGAUGCCCGUCAUGGAUGCCAGUGGUGCUGGUGAUGGUGGUGGUGCCAUCUAUGCGACCGUAGAUAUGACGAAAAAGAUCCGAAAGAAACUGGAGCAGGUGGCGUGUGCGUGUGAUGAGCCGCUUGUGACACAGCCACAGGCAAGCGGCCCUAAGCAGCUACCUGCUAGCUGUUACGAUAACUACGAAGACGUGGAAAUCAAAUCUGAGACCGCAGCCAACUACGCGAAUCUAGAAUUCGAAAGAUCUCUAGAGAACUACGAAAAUUCCAAAGAGGUUUUGCAACGAGCAGGGCUCUUUCUAGCAGGAACUCCUAGUGAUGAGGAAGAACUUCGCGUCUGUCACAAGUGUGGACACCCGAGUGCAAAAACACCUGAUACUGAGGAAACUAAUCGACCAGAAAGUGGUGAACAAACAUCGACUGAUGAUAAGCAGGAAAACUAUAUGAUGAUGGAACCGGGGAACAAAAAGUCCAAAUUCCCUGGGUAUAUUCCAAUGACUCCGGCUGCUCCAUCAGGCGCCGCUGGCUCCGAAACGAUUGACGGAAACGUAUCUCCCACUGCUCCUCCGCUUCCCUCAAAAUCAGACCUUUUGAAGCAACGCAUGAGUCGCAUAAUGGGUGAAAAAUCGGCAAGCAACCCGACCCUAUCCGGACCAGCAGUGGAUCGCAGUCGAAAACGACUAGACGACGGAUCACGCGUUCCGGGCAGUGCGAUGCUGCGCGCCACUCUUGCCAGUCCGUAUGCCCGCAAGCAGCUCAUGGAUAGUAGCGACCUGCUACCGACAUGUGGUGCAGAAAAGCGACUCUCCCCACGAAAACGUUCGGCUUCUGCGGAAUCUUCCCGCUUCUUGGACGCGGAGGGUGAAGAAGUUGAAAGUCCACUUAGUGGGACGGCUUCUCCAAGUACGGAAACGCUACUGCGUAGAACCCCUACUCCAGGCUCAACGACGGCUCUCCGACGAUCUUCAUCGCCAUGCGUACAUCAAGAGAUGGAGUCCAGUGACAAGACGGCGACAGUGGCCGAACCUGAAGACGACCUGUCUGCUUCGACUAACCCUGCGUCGAGCCAAGCCUCGCAGUCAGUUUACAUUCGGCGAUCAGAAAGUGUACCCUGUAAGGCUCAGAACCGAGACAGCUCGAGUUCGAAUGAUUCUGGUGUGUCUACUGGAUCGUUACGGCAACGUGGUACCGAUUUUACUGACUUUGAGCUUCCACUUACGACCGCCAUGUCUGCGAGACGUCAUCAACGUCACGUACUACCGACACAAAACUGUGUCCAUGCGUCCUUACCACGUCGUUCUAAAUCGUUCGAUCCAUUGCGAGAGUUAUCCUUCCAAUUUCAAAAAGUACGUGUGCCGGAAAAGAGUACCUCCGCAGAGGCAGAAGUGCCCGUCUGUCCACCCAAAGUUAAAGAUACAAUGGCAGGUGUUCCUGGAGCACCUUACAUCGACUCACGGAGCACCAGUAGUGGCACGUCCGAUAUGUCCGACUACAUCGAGACACUUUCCCUCUCUAGUCACAGUUCCUCCGAUACGCCUGAAGGCCUCAGACACAUUCGACAAGCAACUUCAACGCUGAGGCCACGCUCGGGUAAAGAGUACCAGAAUAUCGAUCGCUCGAUACUGUCCCUAACCCAAGCAAGUACGGACGUAAUCAAAGUACCGGGCACACCGUCCCAAUUGCGUGGACUGCUUUCAUGUUCGGCCAACUAUGCCAACAUCACGCCAGUGCCAGAGAAUGCCGAAUCGCCUAGUCCCGGUUAUCAAAGUGGCACCUCACCACAGGACGCACAGGGUCAGCAUUUUAUGUUUAAGUUGUGCCGUGAGGACGAUAUUCCUUUUCCCUAUUGUCAUCUCACUGCUGCUCAAUGA